UUUAAUUUGUUAAAAUAAUUCACUUGAGAAUUUGUAAGGCUGAAGUAAUAUGACCUGAAAUCUCGCCAACAAUUGUGAUGACUACAUCUAAGGGUCUCUAAGAGGUCGUAUAUUAUAUAUAUGCUGUAAUAUACCUUUACAUUUGCAAAAAUGCUAUAUUUCUGGUAAAACCCCCACUUCUCAGAACCAUGAAUAUUAAUAUUUACUUAGUCACGGGAAAGUCCCGAAAGUUAAACAGGUAUGAAGCGAGUAAUAAACAGGUUUUGCUGUCGUUUGAUCUCUUCCAAGAAAAAUUGUAUUUCUGUGGAAAACAUCCCUCGAGAAACUAAAACAGACAUUGACUAAUGUUUUAUCCAGCAUGUCUGAAAAAUAUUCCACUUUGAUUGGCGUCAUUGUUGAUGUGUCGGGUUCAAUGGAAUACAGCAUCGGAGAUGGAGUUUACGCAGAAGGCGGAGAAUGGGUUCGUUCUCUCUUUCGAGUCAUUGACAGCCUAAUCAAACAUGAUGUUUCUAGCUCAAACCACAUGUUUGCCAUCGGGAUGGGGGCGAACAACUCACGCACAAUAUUUGACGUAAUGCGUACAAUCGAAGAUUUCCAAAGUAAUCAAACAAGCCUUCUUGAUCAUGCAAGCACCAUUGAAUGUAUUUUGAAGAUUUUAGAAGGAGAAGGUGCAUCUGCAGUACGAAAAUGGGCCAGCCCGAGAGAUAUCAGAGUCAAAAUAUCGCAUAGUGAGGCAAAGGAGUUGUUACAUCACCUGAAAUCCAAGCCUGAUUUUGCAAAGAGAGUUGUCAACGAUUGCCUACCAAAUGCGUGCAAAGGAAUCCAAAAUAAUACUCCAGAGCUCGUAGGCCAUAUUCCUGGUGCACAUUUUUUAUUGGGAAUCGGAGAAUCAGCUGUGAGCACCAUUCGCCCUGCCAGUGAGAGAGAAAUUGAAGAUGCUGUAAAUAAAGCUACGUCUCUUCUAAAGAACGAAUUCCUAAUUAGAGAAGUUGCUGUUCCAUCAUCUAUCUUCACUGUUAAAAAAGCAUCGGACAUUCUCCAUGGAAGCGUCGAUGAAGAUAAUCUCACAAAACAGCGAGUCCAGGAAUUGAUGGACGACGUCAGACCUUUCAUAUAUGGCGGCUCGACACCACUUUAUGGAUCACUGAGAAAUGCUUUUCAACUAUUCUCCUACCCAAAGUACAAAGAUUAUAAGAAGAUUCUACUUGUGAUAUCAGAUGGAGAUCCUUCUGAUAAUGGCAGUUGCAAAAAUGAAUUGAUCUCGAAAUUUGAGGAAAGGGAUGUUACUAUAGUAUCUUGUUUCAUCACUAGAUUAAUAGAUAACAUCGAGCCAAAGAGGUUGUUCAGCAGAGCUGAUAGUAGUUGGGAGGACGGCGCCAAGCUUUUAUUUGAACUGAGUUCUAAAAUUCCAACAGAUUUACUUCCUCGCACAAUUUUCAUCAAGCAAGGAUGGAACAUCGAUAUCACCGACAAUGAAACCAAAUUGUUCCUUCAAGUGAAUCAUCCUGAUAUCUUGAAAAAUGCCUGCGAUUUGGCCCGUAAUGUUGUAUGCUGUCAAGAUGCUCUGGCAGAUGUUUUGACUUCAGUGUCACUAGAUAUUUACAUCAACCAAAGCAGAAAUGAUUUUGGCGCCAAAAAACAAGAAGGAGGCACUUGCUAUGCAAACGCAUCAGCCGCAGUACUCCAUCUCUCCAUGAAGCGAAUACUCGGACGACAAGGUGGUUAUCCAGAAUUCAAUGAUUUGCGGCAAGAGCUAAUUGAUGAAUAUGGUGAAGAUGGAGCAUAUACCUUUGGUGUUUUGCAGAGUGUUUGCCCUCGCUAUCGAUUGCAUUGURAACAAGUAGAUGCAUUGGGGGCAAUGGCGGCAAUCACUGCCAAACGUCCGGUGGUGGCAAUUUUUGAUCUUACUGAUCAUGAAUGGAGCAUUUUUUCAGAGUUCUUCGAAAGUARUCCUAGMGGCGUUCUUACUCGGGAAAAACUCGACAUCACUAAACGUUCUCGAUAUGCAGAAACGGGGGGACACGCCGUCGUUUUGACCAGCUACAACAGUGAGUGCAUGCGYUUGAUGAAUUCUUGGRGWGUUMAAUGGGGAGACAAYGGAUUUUUCAGAAUUCAAGAUGCACAUGUUCUUGGAUUAGAAUUUAUCGAUGUUUUCUGGACGGAAGACGAAUUAACGAGAGAAGAAAAGAAAUACUAUGCUAAGCAUGGAGCUGGAAAGGCUUCACAAUUUCUGCAGAAUUUGAAAGGCCUCCAAGUCCUCACACACCGAUGCCCUUCCUGCAAGMAGGAGYCAAAAGUCACAGAGUUUACAGGUCAGAUUUUGAGCGCAAARUGCCCUARAUGCUAUCACGAAUUUAAGUGUGAUGAACCAGGAAAUAUCUUGGCUCUAAACAUGUACCUGACAUCACUGAGCCAGUAACUUGAACAACAAGGAGAAGUAACUCAAAGUUCAAACUGUUGUUGAUUACAUAUUUAUUUUCUCAACAAUGACGCUUGUCAACUGUUUAGAAAAACUUAGAACAUGUUCUUUUGGUAUUAUAUAUGGCAAAGUCUACUCUAUAGUCCUAAACGCAAGCAUCUUAGAAUUUUUUUAAAAAAGUAGUAAGGGAGUUUUCGUAUGAGUGAAUAUCAGCCAAAACAGCUAGAACUAAAUCUGGACCUUAUUAGACUACGUGUUUAGGAACCACUAGAGUGUACUAUUUAGAUUUGGCUUAGUAACUAUAGUUCCUAGUUUUAUAUAAAGCAUCUUAUAGAAUGCAAACAAUAUGCUUGCUAAAUAGGUAGCUAGUAAAAUAUUUAGAGAGCAUAUGCUAGUUUCGUUUAUUUCUAUUAUUAACUCCAUUUACUAGUAAUUCAAACAAGUACAUGUACAGUAGACGAGAGACUUUACUUGCUCAUGCCAGUUACCACCCUUCCAUAGUGAAAGUUUUAAAGCGGUGGUUUGGCCAGCUUAAUUUGAGAAACUCGAUUUUUUGUUAAAGSAGUAAGCAAUUCUCKACUUAUAUUUGGAGGUUUUUUAAAACGUGCAUUUAUCAUAAAUUAGUGCAAUUAGAUACAAUAAGAUAUACUCAUGUGUGUUUCAAAGUUGUCUUCUUUUCAAAGUUUCAUUACAAGUUUGAUUCUCGSCAAUGAUGGCAACAGAAUGGCGACCUCAAUGUUAGAAACGUUUAUUUUAAUAAAAUAACAUAUUAAAAUAACAUAUUAACACAACAUAUUUUGGCAUUUAUCAUAAAUUAGUGCAAAAUUAUAAGUUUUAUCACAAAAAGAAAUUCGAAUAAAGCUGAUUAUCGAGCAAUUGCGACGCAACUAGAUAAUUCUAGUCCGCGUAUCGCUAAAUCUUGGCACGGACAUUUGUCUUUGUCAGAACGGCUAUCGUCUAAGUUGAUUCUUUAUUUAAUGCUGUUUUUUUUUAAUGUUUAUUUAUUGUUAUUUAAAUUAUUUCCUUUAAAAUACAUUUUUUCAAGGAGACCAGAGAGCAGCACAACGGAUGCAUGUUGAUUUGUAACAUUUUGUAGACUUAAAAAAAAUAUAUAUAAAAUUUUGUAGAAAACCAAAAAUACUGGUUUUAACUGUGGGAUACAACAAAUAAUAAUGUCAAAACCAUUCUAGGUCUGGGAUAGGGUCAGUCUUUUGACGUCCUGGCAGCACACACUUACUCACGUUGGGUAUAAAAAGCAUUUAUUCCAUAUCGAUAGAGUUCAAUGAYUUCUAAUAGUCAUAUGCCAACAAACCAAAGCAAUUCUUUGCMGAGAUCACAUUCUCAUGUACAUUGCAUAUUAACUGUAGAAGCUUCUCAGUUUGAUGAAAAUCACUAUAGUAAUUUGUUGACUACACUAUCGAACCUAUGUUAGAUAACAGAAUUUGAGAGAUUUAUUAUUUGAAUUUCUCAUGACCUUGUAUUUUUCGAUAAAUGUUGAUAUUAGAGACCUAGACUGUUUUGACUAAUGUUAGUUAUAUGUAGUUUCAUGUGUGGUACAACCUCCUAUAGUUAAGACCACCAUCGUUUUUAGUUUUGACUAGCAUUUGAUGGAAACAGGAUAUUGGAUUAAGUUUAGAAUUAUAAAAGGACUGACGUUAUAGCACUCGAAACUCACUACUCAUCUCAUUGUACCUAUUACGGGCCAAGACUGGGGUUGUAGUCUAGAUCGUAUUGGAAAGUACAAACCAAAGUAUGGAAAGUGCUGGAGUUUGGAAGCCCUACUGUACAAGCACUCCGACAGCGGAAAGUCUUUCUGGUCGACCUUCUUCAGCCUCAUCUUGAGCCGAACACAUUACUAACCAUAGUUUUGUAAUUACUGUACGUGAGAACCAAGAAUAAACGAGUGGCAAACCAGAACGAUCCUUACUAGUUGAGCAUGUCCUUACACCUAUGUCUAUUCUAAGUUAGUAAGAGCACAAAUAUAUUAAACAUACUUCUUAGUAUGAGUUUUGAAUAAAGUGUCUAUAGUAGUUCAACCUGCCAUUAUUGCUUUAGCAAGCAAGGUUUGUUACUUGGAAACAAAACAGACAAAAUAUAGUUGUGCAGAAGAUGCGAGUGUGAACCUGUGAGGAGAUUGAGAUGGAUUCUAACAUAUUAAUAGGUUGCAUCUCAUUGGAAUUUUUAACAGAAAAUCUAUUCAAUCAAGUCGAAGCAUCAACUUUUGMAACGUUAAUGAGUGUUGUCAGUGACCAAAUUACCUCAUUGCUGCGUAAAUGAUGCACGAUGAGAAUUCCUUUGUAAGUUUGUAUUCGGGCUGAUAUACUUGACAAGACGGAAUCUACUCCAAUAACUGCAUCUCCUUGCAGCACAUAACAUGCAUAAUUUAACAGUCUUGAUAGUUGUUGAAUAUAUAAGAAACUAUAUUAAGUGACUUAUUUUAAUAAAAUAAAAUGCUGUGCAAGUACUCACGGAUACAAUCAGA